AUGAGAAAUUAUUCACACUUGGAAAUGGAGCCGAAAGAAGGAAAAAAAGAAGAAGAAAUUUUGAUAACAAAUACAACUGAGACAACAAAAGAUGUUUUAGAAGUUAAAAAGGAGGAGAAUGAGGAAGUUAUUGAAGUUAAGGAAAAUUUAGACAGAAUGCCAAAAAAUAAAAAUUUAAAGGAAAAUGGGACAGAAAUUGAAAUAAUUGGGGGGAUUGAGGAGUUGAAGAAUUCUUCUUUGUUGGUAGAUAGAGGGGAAGAGGAAAUAAAAAAUAAUUUUGAAGAGGAUGAAAAGAAAAAUGUUACAAUUAAUAUAGAAAAUAUAAUUGAAGAGGAAUUAAUUGAAGAAAUUAAUUUAAAUGAAGAAGCGAAAAAUAAUUUAACAGAAGAAUUAAUUAAUAAUUUAAUAAUUAAAAAUAAUUCUUUAUUUAAUGAAGAAAAUAGGACAAAAGAAGAAAUUAAUUUAAUUAAAUUAGUCCUUCAAAAUUUAAAUAUUUUAAUUAAUAAAAAAUUAGUAAAUAAGGGAAAUGUUAAUAUUUUAUAUUCAAAAUUACCAAAUUUAAUUAAUGAGCCAAUAGAUAAUUUUGUUUUGGAAUAUAAAUUAAAUGAUGAUGAAGAAAAUAAUGAUGAAUAUUUUAAUUUAACAAACAAAUUACUUCAUAUAUGGAUAACAACAACACCAACAGAUUCCCUUCCAAAAAUAUUAGAUAUUAGCCCCCAUUAUUUAGCUCCAGGAGAUAUAGCAGAAUUAUGGCUACUAAAUCCAACAAAAAUUUUAAAAGAAUAUUUUCAUUUAUUUCCUCUAAAUUUUAAAAUUUUUGGACAAAAAGUUGACGAAAAAGGAAAAGAAUUAAUUGAGAACAAACCUUUUUUAAUUUUUGAUGGAAAUUUGGAAUUAAAUGGAGAACCAGAAAAAGCACCAAAAUUUGAAAAAAAUAGUUAUAAUUUUAAUUUAAAUGAAAAUGAAUUGGAUGGAUACGAAAUUGGGAAAUUAAAAAUUGUUGGGGAAGGGGAGGUAAAUUGAAAAAUAUUUUUUUCUGUAAAUAGGAAAAAUCAGUACUUUUUAUUUUAAGAAAUAUCCUCCCGUUACAAAGUUAACCAAAGUUCUUCUUUGAGGAUGUUAGAUAACAUAAGGAGAUAUUUUAAGAAGUCUUCCUCCCUACCUUAGUUGAUGGAAACAGAAAUUAGCAGUAAACUAACCAAAAAUUGUGUUAUAAUUAUGUGGGUAUAGAAAGCAGGCAUGAAAUCUCUUCCGCUUCCGUCUUUUAAUUUUAAAAAUUUGGCGAGGCUCGACCAUGGUAUAGAGCUUAUGUUAGGCAGCCUCCCUUCCAAUGACCAAUCAAAUAAAAAAUUUAAAUUAGUGUGUGUACACUAGUCAACUCUAAUAAUUAUUCUUUUAUUUUCUUUAGUCUUCAACAAAUUCAACAACACAAAAUCCAUUAAUUUAUUCAUUAUUUGGCCAAGGUUCCAAUUACUUCAAUAUAG